AUGCCUAAGGUCAAAUACUAUGAUAAAAGCAACAUAGAUAGGGCAGUGCAAGACGUCAUCAACAAAGUUGAAUCAUAUAGAUCUGCAGAAUUGAAAUAUGGAGUUCCGAAAUCGACUAUAGAAUUUAAAAUUAAGCAUCCUGAUCACAAAAAUACUUGUGGUCCCUCACCUGUUCUCAACGAAGAGGAAGAGAUGAUAUUGGCUUUUCUGAAAAGGCAUCCAGAAAUUGUUGAAAGAAGUAGCGAAUCUGUGAGCGCAGCUAGUGCGUGUGUAUCCGAAAAGGAUAUCAGACUAUGGUUCUCUGAAUUAGAAACUUACAUAAAAGGAAAUGACUUGGAAGAUGUGAUAUCUGAUCCUACUCGAGUAUAUAAUGCGGAUGAAACAGGAUUUGAAGUUAGCCCUUCUACUGGCAAAGUAUUUGCGAAACGUGGUGCAAAAAACGUUUACACAAUCGAUAGAGGUGCAGCAAAAGAAAAUAUAACAGUUAUCUUUGCUUUUUCAGCUAAUGGGGAAAUUGGUGUACCUAUGAUCAUUUACCCCUACGUGAGAUUUCCUGAAAAGAUUGCUAAAUCAGUAAACCCAGAGUGGGGCAUCGGUCGUAGCCCUAAAGGAUGGAUGACCAGCGAAACAUUCUAUGAAUAUAUUGUGAACGUCUUCCAUCCUCAUCUUGUGAAACAUAAUAUUAAGUUUCCAGUGAUCUUGUUCUUGGUUGGUCAAAAGUUCCAUCUUAAUUAUAGUUUAAGCCUCCUGUGUAAAAGGUUACAAAUAGAAAUAUUCGCUUUAUAUCCAAAUUCGACCAGGAUAUUACAACCAUGCGAUGUUGCUGCUUUCCGACCACUUAAGCAAGCUUGGCGCCGGACAGUCAGAGAAUGGGAAGAAGAGCACCAAUCUGAACUUCUCAAUAAAGUGAAUUUUGCUCCUGUCGUAGAAAAAGCUUUUAAAUCCAGUAUAAAACCUGAAAGACUGGUUAAUGGUUUCAAAGCAUGUGGGCUAUUUCCGUUCAACCCAAAUGUGAUCGAUUACACUAAAUGUCUAGGAGCUAAAAGCACAAACCACACAAUAAUUCAGGAUGUUCCUCUAUUGCAAAAUCAGACCAUGGAUUACAAAACAUUUGUUCAGAUUGUAGGCCAAGAAAGGAUUAACAAAUUUGACAUAUUGAGUCAGCAGGUUCCCGAAAUCUGUAAUGAUGAUUUUAUGUCACUUUUUAAACUUUGGCAAUAUUUCCACAGAACAAGUGAUCAAAAUAAGGUACAUUCAGACCUAAUAUCAGAGACUCAUUCAGAAGCAAACGGAUCAUCCUCUGACAUGCAAGAAGGGUUACCAAUUGUUAAUCAGGAUACUAUAGAAAAAAACACACACCACCAACUACCACCAGUAGGAAGGAAUGAGGCCACAGUUGAUGUACUAGUGCAUGCCCCAAGAUCUCUCAGAGAUUUGCAAAAUUUAGACACAGCUACAGCUUCAUCCAUGACGCCACGAAUGAGCAAUAGUGUCCGUCCCAUUAAUUCUGAGCUAUUCGGUCAAUAUUUCACAAUUCCAGAAAGUCCAAGAAGGAAAGGCAAGAGAAAUGUCGAGAGAAUUCCAUUUGCCAUUACAUCAAAAAAAUGUCAAGAAUUCUUUGAGAAGAAGCAACAGAUAAAAGAAAGAGAAGAAAAGGAAAAAGAAGAGAGAAAAAGAAAACGUGAAGAAAAAGCAAAUUUAAAAAAAGAUACUAAAGCCAAAUCGCAAAUAAGAAGGAAGCGUGAAGGACACAAAUGCUUUAUUUGCAAAAACAACAUUGGUAGUAUUGACAUGCAAUUUGAAACAUGCAAAAAUUUUUUCCAUCAAAGCUGCAUACCCAAAGCACAUAAGCAGUUCAUCACUAAUCAGGAAGAUCCAGACGAAAUUUUUUUGUGUCACAUGUGCUAUAAAGAAGACAAUACAGAUAGCAGCAUCUCCGAUUCUGACGGCAGCCAAUCAGAGAAACAUGUCACAAUAGCAAGUUUGAAUAAAACGCUUAAAGAGAAAGAGCUUGCUUCUAUCAGCAAUAGCUCUUUACAAAGAGUGCUGCCCACCAUAGGCUUUAAAUAUAAAAAAGAUGGUACAAAAUGGCUGACAGACCUAUACCUGGAACGUAUGAAACUAGAUGAUCCAGAUUUUGAACGUAAAGUGAUGCGAAUGUUGGAGUCUCUGGAUUCAGAUGUUGAGCUAUCGGAAAUAGAAGAAGACGAUCAAUAUUCAGAAAGCGAACACGAUACAGAUUCAGCCAUUUGUGCAGAUGAAGAUGGACCCGCCAGUGAAGGAAGCGUUCGUUCAAGUGAAUCAGAAGGUAACGACGAGAAUGAACUAAAUAUGGAUGUCAGGUACUUUUAUGGCAAAAAUAGGUUUAAAUGGUCGGUAAAUCCUCCGAAUAGAAAUGUGAGAACUCCGGCGCAUAAUAUCAUCAAGGUAGGUGAUGCCGUAUCUGAACAAACUGAAAUGGAGGCACAUUCAGAACAUAAUAUGGCGAGCACAUCAAGACCUUCAUCAGCACUAUCCAGUCGAUCAACACCACAUUUACCCAAAAGGUCCAAAAAAUUCAAAGCACACCACCAAAAUAUUAAUAAAGCAGAUCGGAUAUUAGACAUUGUCGGUACAGGACUCAAUAAACCGGCAGACGAGUUCGACCUUAUGGGAAAAUCGAUAGCAAUCAAAUUACGGCGAUUGCCAAGAGAAAUACGACUAUAUUCAGAAAAAUUAAUAAACGAUAUCCUAUUUCAAGCGGAGUUAGGAAAAGUUAACGAACAUACAAGAAAAACGUCCGAACCAACACCAAUUAAUAAUAGUAAUACAUUAUUCCCUCCGCUACCAAACUGUGAUCCCAUCUAGACUCAGUCUACACCAACCAACCAACCAACAACAAUUAAUAAUAGUAAUACAGCUGCUGUGUAUUACGGCUCUUAUAAUCCUUUACAAUAAUUAAUAUUAUACUGUUAUGGAUAUGCUGU